CCAGCUGUGGCCUCUCUGCUUGCUGGUCUCUGGUUGCUGUCUCGACAUCUUUGGGAAACUCUCUGUCUCCCUUUCUUUUCUUCUCAUGCUCCCUCUCUCUCUCUCUUCUUCUCCCAACAAUACACUUUCCACCUCAACUGUCUACCUCCUCUUUCAAUCGUCAAGCAACUAAACAGCCGAUUCAAUUUCUUGAACCAAAAUCAGACACAAUGGCAGCUCAGAUCCCCCCUGGCGGCACUUACCUCGACACCUUCAAGCAGUCGUUUGUUAACGUCCCCGUCGACGCCGAGAGGGAGAAUGCCAUUGCUACCACCGAGUUCCUCGACGCCGCCGAAUCCCUGACCACCAUCUUUGAUGCCCUUGGUGGCGUUGCAUUUGGUCCCGUCAAGAGCGACAUGGGCGGCAACAUCAAGAAAAUUCGUGAGCGCCAGCUGGCUGCCCCCGGCCAGUCUGCCACUCUCCAGGACCUCGUCAAGAACGAGCUGGCCACCAAGAAGCACGUCGCCACCGAGGGCCUCCUCUGGCUGACUCGUGGCCUCGAGUUCACCUGCAUCGCCCUGAGCCAGAACGUCGCCAAGGAGUCUGAGGAGCUCUCCGACUCGUUCCGCAACGCCUACUCGACCACCCUCAAGCCUCACCACAGCUUCCUUGUGAAGCCUAUCUUCAGCGCCGCCAUGAGCGCCUGCCCCUACCGCAAGGACUUCUAUGCCAAGCUGGGCUCCGACCAGGCCAAGAUCGCGGCCGAGCUCCGCGUCUACCUCGCCGCUCUCGAAAAGAUUGUCGGCAUCCUCAAGGGUUUCCUCGCAAGCAAGGACGCCAAGUUCUAAGCCCAGCCACUAAGACCACCUUCACUACCACCGCCGCCCCCUGUGCCAUGCGCCCCGGCCGAGAUGAAAAGAAAACAAAAGGAGAGAGAUUAGAACGAACAAUGACGAUAUGAUGGAAGACAAACAACAUGUCUGUGUCAAUGUCAGCUGCGGUGCGAAGCACACCGUCAGCCACGAGCCAGUUUACGCAGCCUAGAAAUGAAGUAUUGCCUCGAAGCUUAAACAAAUCUGUUUUGUUUUUGUUUUUGUUUUUUGUCUUUUGAACC